AUGGAAAUCUACUCGCGGUCCGUCGAGGCAGGGCCUUCGAGCCACUCCAGUCUCGCGAGCCCCAAACCUAGGGCUCUGAAGCCCACAAGGACACCCAACGGCGACAACAAAGUCAGCUGCACCGCCUGCAGGACUGUCAAGUGCAAGUGCGUCGAGUCGGCCGACCCAAACUCCAUCAUAUGUCAACGUUGCACGCGCCUCUCCAUCCCCUGUGUUUAUCAAGCCCACCAGCGCGGUCGGCGGCGCAAGGAAGGGUCAAUUGUCCAGCCUCUUGCCGCCCAUCCUCGCGAUGUGUCCAGCGCACUCUCCGACUCGCGCAUUGCGGUGGCCCCCCUACGUCCACCAAAACGCAAACGUCUGAGCCGUCACGCCGAGCCUGGCGACCGACAAGUUUCCUUCAUCUCUCCAGCCGGCCACGAUGGCCAGUCUAUUCUCGGCACCCCCGACAGGCAUCAUUACGUAGACGACGAUGGCGACGAGCGUACUCGGUCACCCAGCUCGUCUCUGGAACGCUCUUUGGAGGAUGAUGCAGAUCGUCCAGAGGAGGGUCCAGUGCGCCGUCCACACGGCCCAGAGAUCGGCAAGCCAGCCAACUCGGUGUACCAUGAUGUCGCCGAUCGCUCCAUCUUCUCCAUUGCGGGCGUAAUGGAACGCAAGGGUACUGGCGUGGACGAGACGGAUGGCGGCGCCGGAACCGCUGUCGCACCGCGCGAGGACCCAGUUGGCAUGGGCCUCUUGUCCACACUCGAGUGCGACUCAUUGUUUGACCAUUACUUUGACCAGCUGCAAACAUGCGUCUGUCUUCUCGACCCAACUAUCCACACGGCAACGUACACGCGUGGCGCGUCACUGGAACUCUUUACCGCUGUGCUCGCGAUCUCGUGCAAGUUCUUCCGACCAGAGAUGUACGAAACGCUCCUGGCCGUCGCCAAUCGCUUGGUCAACCGCGCAAUAUCGGACUGUGUAUGUGCCAUCGAGCUCGUCCAGGCAAUCUGCAUCCUGCAUUACUGGAAGAAACCCACCGACGGCAGGGGUUGGCUCCGUCUCGGUCACGCUAUCAGGCUUGGGUACCAGCUGGAUUUGCACCUGCCUCGCCGGAAGAGGCUGCCGAGCGACGAGCGCGAAGCAAGGCUGGCAAUCGACCGUGAGAGGACUUGGAUAUCCCUCUUCUGCUUCGACUCGACUUUAACACAGUUGUCGGACCGCCCCUCCAUGAUGCACAAGGCGCCCGAGGUCGAUUCUUGGAUCCGCAGCAUCCCCUAUCCCCUUGCCUCGGACGGCCAACUCGACUUUGCAGUCAAGACCAGCCUGCUCACCUCGGAAGUGCGACAGCUCCAGAGCUGCAAGGGCAGCUACGAGGUACUCAGGUCUGGGCUGCGCAGGGUCCUCGAGGAUCACCAUCGCUCCAACCAGGCCCUCAUGGCUGACGACUCGGUUGUUCAGCUUACCUCAACCUCGAAAAGCAUCAACAAGUUUGCCAGCCUCGCCCUCCAGCUGUUGGUGGAAUGCACGUCGCUAUCGCUCGCGCCAAACAAGCAUCGUAUCAGUCUCCUCCACGCAUGCGUGUCGGCCAGUCUCGACUUGCUCGACGUCGUCGUAGAAGGCUUUGCGCGCAAGGGCAUCAUGCCCAUGAUCGAGGACGCCCACUCGGUCGCUGUUGCGUCCACCGCUGUACGCUUGAUCCGGUUCAUGUCGUAUCUCGACUCGCCAGCCAAGGCCAGCGUCAUGCGGAAGCUUACCAGAGUGGUCAUUGUGUGCCGCGAGGCUGCGAGGGGAGACCAGGAGUCCCACCCGGCAUAUCUCGCACGCUUCAUCCACGCUCUUCUUGACAAGGCUCAUCAGUCUCGCCAACCAUCUCGAGAGUCGUCGCCCACGCGACAAACGUCCAGAUUGGGCAUGACGCCCAUGGUCAAACCAGACGACGGCCCUCGACCUUCACCGUUGCAGCAGAAGACCACUCCAGACCAGUGGUGGGAUGAGAUUGGCCAGUUUGCUUACCAGGAGCCGAUCCAGCCGUUCAAGGAACAUUUGGACUUUUGGGACGGGUUCCCCAUGCUGGCGGGCGCGAUGAACACGCUCUCACCCUUGGCCCAGCCGGGCCGUGUCCCAGCAGGGGACGGAAAUGCUGGAGCACCCGUCGAUCCCGUAGAUUCGUCCGCCUUUGCAGGGCUGCCGUGGGACGCUGUUUGGGAUGUAGGGUUCUUGGGGAUCUCGCAAGACCCACCAAUGAUCUAG